CUUCAUUUACAACACUACAAGAAUCUCUCUAUAAUAACAUAACCGAUUAACAAUUCAGAUUUUCAUAGCAAGAACCUAAAUCUUCUUCUUAUUUUUUCGUAAUUCUUGCAAAUUUUGAGUUAUGAAGAAAUUGCUAGUAAGAGUUUUACUUCACCGGAGAAGAAAAGGAAGAUUUUUCAGCAGAGCAAUUUCAAACCUCUGCAAAUUGGGACAUUUUCUGAAACAGAGUACAAAAGGACUCUGUUUUGGGAGACCCAAUUCGGGUUACAUCCGGGUCGGGCAAGAACCGAUUGCUCCAAAGAAGGUGAGUGUACCGAAGGGGCAUUUAGCUGUGUACGUGGGUGAGAAGAAAGAUGACACGUGUAGAAUUAUGGUGCCUGUGAUUUACUUUAAUCAUCCUCUGUUUGCUGAAUUGUUGAAGGAUGCAGAGAUGGUUUAUGGGUAUAAUCAUUCGGGUGGGAUCCAAAUACCGUGUCGGGUAUCCGAAUUUGAGAACGUGAAAUCAAGAAUCGCCGCCACGGGCGGUGGUGGAAACAGCCGUGGAGAGCUGAGGUGGAGGCACAAGUAGUGCUGAACUGUGUACAAAUUCUUGUUAAUCUUCUCGCCCAAAUCUUAAAUGCUUGUAGUUUUUCGGAUAAUAUUAAUAGUCAAAAUCACAUCUAAAUUAUUACUCCUAUCUUUUAACGAAUUUCAUAUUUUAACUACGUGUUAUCACUUUCUUCUUA